UUGUCCCUCGGUCGGAAGUUUAGUAGUAGAGGAAACUCCUUGUCUUGGCCAGUUCAGUCUUUUGAAAGAGGACGAGAGACACAACAGACGGAGAGGGAAGAGGGUCUGGUGCCUACGGUCGUCGAGGUCUCCCGCGAAGCGUACAAAGAACAAAGCAAACACAAACGGUGUGUUCGUUGGGUGAGCGGUAUUCAUUCUACCCGGCCGUCUAUCAUCAGUGAAUAAGUGUACGAUAACUUCCGUGUGAUUCUGUUUGGCUACUUAUCCUCUAGAAACGUAUGCUACGAGACUGUGAGGGUCCUAGCUACUGUACCAUCAAUCUACAGUGUGUCGACGUACGAACGAACUCGCACCAUUCUCGCCGAGAUUCUUUAUAGAAUUCGUGCCAAAUUUCAGUAAUGGCCCUUGUGUCGUCGCAUCUGCUUCCGUUUCUACUACUCUCGUUAACCGCCGCGUCCUGGGGUUGGCGCUAUGAGGACCAGCCGUACGGACAAUCCGAGACUUCGAACGGCUACUCGCAGAGCGCUGGUUCUGACAGCCGGUAUACACCACAUGCAGAGAGGCCCCCUCCUAGAAUCAACACGGACACGGGGUAUGGGGACAUGGGAACGAGACCAGAGUCCGAUGCGUGGAACCGGGCCGAGCGUCCGCAGCAGUCUCAGUUUGACUACGAGGAAUCGAAUAAGGGGUACGGGAACGCGAGAACGGAAACGCUGGACUGCGGCAAAGAUCUUUACAUCUCGUCAAAUAAAAUCAUCGAUAUUCAGACUUCGGUGCAGUUUGGCGCGCAGUUACUGGAUGGAGUAUACUCGUAUUCGUUUGACAGCUGUGUGGACGCCUGCUGUAGCUACGAAGGCUGCAAUCUCGCUCUGUACAAGAUGAACGGCGCGUCUGAAACGGGAAAAACCUGUUAUUUCGUACACUGUGGGCUCGCGGAGCACUGUCGGAUGGUCAGCAAUGAUGGUUUCAAAGCCGGUUUUCUCAUCCAGAAGCCUGAUUACGGGGAUAUCCUCGACGAUCAUAGUGCUAAACAAAACCCCUCUCCCACCCUCCCUCUCUCUCCUACAGCUAAACAAAACCCCGAUGAAUCUUCUUCCACUACAACUGAACCCCCUGAAACUCCAUCCUCCUCGCCAUCUGCCACGCCCACUACACAAACCACACCCACAGAGGCAGACGUCAUCUCCACAGAAACAACGGAGAGUCCCGAUUCCACGAUAGUCCCCAUGCCAGAGACUCAUUCCAAGCCGAAUGGAACAGAAAAACCAGCAACAACAGAGGAGGAAACCACACCCACUACUGACACGCCCACUCAAUCUUCAUCUGAAGGAAACAUAUCAUCACCGGUUGCCACUAGCAACAUUCCGCCCUCCUCGUCGGAGCCUUCUACUACUGACUCCACUCCUCAGUCAUCGUCGGGGGCAACCAACACAUCAAAGGUUGCCAUUGACAACGCUACAAGAGCUCAGAAAAAGGCGGACAACUAUGACAAGUGUGCAAAGGACGGUUGUGAUGGGAGUGGACUAAUUGCCGUGUCGAUUAUAGGGACACUUAUCAUUAUUGUUCUCUUCGUGGUUUCCGCGGUGAUAGGCAGACGGAUCUACAAGCUGAAAACGAGACGUCAGUAUCGUAACGUGGACUACCUCAUCAACGGAAUGUACACAUAG